GAUCGAACAUGAGGUUGGCGGGUAGCCGGUCCAAUGUUUAUCAGAUUUUAUGAUACCUUCGUUUCUUUUUCUGACCCAAAUUACUGAAUUUACAAACUACUUUCCAGCAACAAAUUUACUAAGAAGCAAGAAACAGUCAACUUUGGUUUCGUCGGUCAGCUGCAGUCUGAAGCCAUGCCGUCCAGCGCCGGAGCCAGCAGCCCCGCCGCUGCUCUCGUCGAGGCGCUCGACAGCUCGGCCCGUCUAGUCGACCGACACCUGCAGGAUGACCGCUGCUUUCCAGACCUGUCGGAGCUUCUCAGCGUGCCCUCUCAUAAUAUACCCUCCGUCUCUGGAGUGUCGGACAUGGACUAUCCGCUCCAGGGUCCGGGAUUACUGAGUGUGCCUAACCUGCCGGAGCUCAGUGCAGUCCGGCGAGUCCCGCUACCCCCAGAGCUGGUGGAGCAAUUCAGCCAUAUGCAGUUCAACUGCAUUAUGGGCGUUUUUCCUGAGAUUUCUCGGGCCUGGCUCACGAUCGACAAUGACAUUUUCAUGUGGAAUUAUGAGGAUGGGGGAGACGUAGCUUAUUUCGACGGGCUCAUCGAAACUAUCUUGGCAGUCGGGCUGGUGAAACCAAAGCAAGGGAUUUUACAGCCUCACAUCCAUUACCUGCUUGUGUUGGCCACAUCUGUGGAUGUGGCAAUCCUGGGACUGAGCUUUCCAAAGGGCCACGCUGGGCUGAACGACAGCAUGUCAGGCGGCAUGCAGAUGCUGCCAGACCCCCUCUUCUCAAUCCCCACCGACAACACCUACAUCGUCUCGAUUACCUCCACCGACCUGGGUCGCAUCUUCAUGGCAGGCAAGGACGGCUGCCUGUACGAGAUUGCCUACCAGGCAGAGGCGGGCUGGCUUAGUCAACGCUGCCGCAAGAUCAACCACUCCAAGAGCUCCCUGUCCUUCCUUGUCCCUUCUAUUCUCCAGUUCUCCUUCUCUGAAGAUGACCCAAUUAUGCAGAUUGCCGUGGACAAUUCCCGUAACACGCUGUUUACACGCUCUGAGAAAGGAGUCCUUCAGGUGUAUGACCUGGGUGCUGAUGGCCAGGGUAUGAGUCGCGUAGCAACCAUGUCUCAAAAUAGCAUUGUUGCGGCUGCAGGAAACAUUGCCAGGACGAUUGAUCGUUCUGUCUUCAAGCCUAUUGUCCAGAUCUCUGUGAUCAGCAGAUCGGAGUCAUCUGACUGUCAUCUGCUUGCUGUGACACACGCAGGUGUGCGUCUCUACUUCAGUACUACGCCUUUUGCACCGCCGCAACAAAAACACUUGCUGGCCCGACCAUCCCUCCUCUCUCUGGUUCACGUCCGCCUACCGCCAGGCUUCUCUGCGUCUUCCACGCUGCAGAAACCCGCCAAAGUCCACAAGGCGCUGCACAGUAAAGGUAUUUUACUGAUGGCAGCCUCUGAGACUGAGGACAAUGACCUCCUUUGGUGCGUUAACCAUGACUCUUUCCCCUUCAAGAAACCUUUGAUGGAGACUCAGAUGAUCUCUAAUAUAGAUGGACACACAUGGGCUAUAAGCGCCAUCGAUGAGGAAAGGCCAGCCAAGAUUUGUACUCCCUUGAACAGGGAUGUGAUCCCAAUCACCGAUUCGCCUGUGGUGGUCAUGCAGCACAACAUCCCCCCUCAGAAAUUCGUCCUCCUUUCAGCAAAGGGGAGUCACAUCUUUCAAAAGCUACGUCCAGUGGAUCAGCUGCGUCACCUGUUGGUGAGCUGUGCGGGAGGUGAGAGCGAGGAGAUUGAGCGUUUCUUCAAGUUACACCGGGAGGAGCAGGCCUGCGCGACAGCCUUGAUCCUGGCUUGUUCCAAAGCUGCUUGUGACAGAGAGGUCUCACAGUGGGCCACUCGAGCCUUCUUCAGAUAUGGAGGCGAAGCACAAAUGAGAUUUCCCGCAGCUUUGUCACCGCCAAGCAAUGUUGGACCUGUGAUGAGCUCACCAGCACCUGGAAUUUUGCCCCCACCCCUGGCCACACCUUUUGCCCCGAUGCAAAUGGGGUCCGCCCCCAUCACCCCAAUGUCGGUCGGCCCGGAGGUAAUUUUCUCCGGGAAGCACAACGGCAUCUGUGUCUACUUUGCUCGCAUCCUCGGAAAUAUUUGGGACGGGAGCCUAGCAGUGGAGAAAAGCAUCAGCGAAGGAAGUCAGACUGUCAGUCUCCUGGAAAGCAGUGUUUCUUCAUUUCAUCUGGAGUCUGUUCUUCUGGAGCUCUCGAGGUUGAAGGAGUUUCUGGACAAAAACUCUAACUUCAGUCCAUCAUCCCUCAGCGGCGCAAGCUUUAGUUCCCCUGGAAACUUGCAGCAAAGACUGCUGGGAUUUAUGCGUCCGGACGGGGCUAGUUCUCAGCAGGUCCAACAGGAGCUCCAGAGAAAAUAUCAUUCCAAGGCUCAGCUCUAUGAGAAAGUGUCCCUACAGAGCAUUCAGGCGCUAGUGCAUCGCUCCUAUCAAACUCUGGCCCUGUGGAAGCUUCUCUGUGAUCAUCAGUUCAGCCUCAUCAUAUCAGAACUGCCCAAGGAGUUUCAAGAGCAGAUGAAGUUAGCGAGUUUCAAAGAUGUGGUUAUCCGCGGGAAGGAGCUUUCGGGAGCCCUCAUCACUGCGCUCAUUACAGUCUACAUCAAAGAUAAUGCCUCUGUAGAUGCCAUAAGCAAUCACCUGCGGGACCUCUGCCCACUGCUCUACAGUACCGAUGACAGUGUCUGCUCCAAGGCUAACGAAUUGCUGCAGAGCUCCAAGCAGAUCCAGAACAAAGUCGAUAAGGAGAUAACCCUGAGAGAGUCGCUGCGUCUCUACCAGCAGAUCAGCCAGCACACUGACCUCCCGCUGGUUUGCUCUCAGUACAGACAAGUGCGUUUCUAUGAGGGCGUCCUCGAACUUUGCCUCACGGCAGCCGACAAAAAAGAUCCCCAGGGGCUGGGCCCACAUUUUUACAAAAAUGGAGAGCCUGAAGAGGACCAGACGGGACAGCUGGCGUUCCAGGAAAGGCUAUCAUGUUAUAAGUGCAUCACGGACACCAUGCAGGAGCUGGUGAACCAAAGCAAAGCAGCGCCUCAAUCCCCCAGCGUCCCAAAGCAGCCGGGGCCUCCCGUCCUCACUUCAGAUCCUAACAUGCUGAGUAAUGAGGAAGCAACGGCCCACUUUGAACAGAUUUUCGGUCUGGCCCAGAGGUCCCAAGACGAGCUGUUUCACAUCGCCCUCUACAACUGGCUCAUCCAGGCCGACCUGGCGGACAAGCUGCUCGAGGUGAAUUCACCAUACCUUGAAGAGCAUCUCAUGCAUAUGAUCAAACAGGAUCAAAGCAAGGUGCACAACAUGGAUCUUCUGUGGCGCUACUACGAGAAGAACCGCAACUAUGGCAAAGCUGCCCACGUCUUGGCACGUCUCGCUGACAUGCAUAGCACUGAGAUUUCCCUCAAGCGGCGACUGGAAUAUUUAGCCCGGGCCAUUUUGUCUGCCAAGAGCUCCUCCUGCUUCUCUGCUCAGGCAGCAGACGGCGAGUUUCUCCAUGAGCUGGAAGAGAAAAUGGAGCUGGUGCGCAUCCAAGUUCAGAUUCAGGAGACGCUGAUCCGGCAGUACUCCAAUCAUCCUUCGGUGAAAACUGCAAUCUCUCAGUUGGAUUCGGAUCUUAUGGACAUUACUAAGCUCUAUGGGGAAUAUGCAGACCACUUCCAACUGUCAGAGUGUAAACUGGCCAUCAUUCACUGCGCAGGACACUCCGAUCCAAUCCUAGUGAACUCGCUGUGGCAGGAAAUCAAAGAAAAAGAGCUGGCGGACACGGUGGGCAUGAGUCCGGCGGACAGAAUGCGGUCCCUCGGUUUGAAGCUUGUUUCGCUGGGAAAGCUCUAUGCAGGAACACCGCGAUAUUUUCCACUAGAAUUCCUGGUGAAGUAUUUGGAGCAGGAGGUUUGCCGCCUCGGCUGGGACGUAGGCUUCGUCACCUCCACCAUGCAGGAGAUCGGAGUACCGCUCCCGCGCCUUCUUGAGGUGUACGACCAGCUUUUCAAGAUCAGGGAUCCUUAUUGGCAGCGUCAGAAGAAACCUCUGCACUUAAUGGAGUGUAUCCAUGUCCUCCUGUCAGGUUACGUGGACGACCCCAGCAAAGUGCCCACUUAUGACAGACGCCGCUUCACCAACGUGUGCCUGGACAACAUCUGCGGCUACCUGGUGGAGCUACAGUCCCUCAGCCCUAACGCCGACCUCCAACACACUAUCGGCAACUUUAAGUCUCUUCAGGCAAAACUGGAGAAACUUCAUUGACGUCUGCCCCGCUCUCUCUCUGUGCCUUCAGUCAUUUUGCCGAUAAAGCCAUUACGUUAGCUGGAUGAAGACAGGAUUCAGGUAUCAGUUGGCGUUAUACACUAUUCUUAAACUGUUGGUUAUCACUUUAGUUUCAUCUUGAAAUAUUCCCCGAAAGUAAAACUGCCUCGUAAAAAUGCUCACGAAGGCUUUGUGCAAGGAUAUGACAAUGAGGAGAUGGAUGAAGUAGGUUUUUAUAAAUUAUUUAAUACCUAACUCACCGAAAAGAGUGUAAAUAUAGUACAUACUCUCCUAUUCGUUUGCAAAAUACAGCCAGACAUCAUUACAUUUUCUUACUGAUAUUGUACAUAAAAACUUUGAGAAAGUAUUUUUUUGUAUGUUCAUGAGGCUGUUUUUUCACCUUUCGCAACUAGCUUUUUUUUUCUUUCCAACCUCUGCACACCGCCUUGAAACAAACUGCGAUGCUUAUAAUGUGCCACAGCAGUGGGACGUCACCUGUUUGUGUACAUGUAAUUACGUUUAAUUAAAAACUGCACUCCUGUUAAGUCAUUAUAGAAGGGAGCGGUCUAGUUAUUGUUGUUUUUCUUUCAGUUUGCAUUGGAGUGGAAUGGCUGUGGUUGAAUUUUACCUUUGUGAAAAUAAAGAAGUAUGUCAGUGAAGUUUUGUUGAUUAUUUAGGCAUUU